AAUCAGAUAUCAAUUUCUUGUUUUGAAUACUUGUUUGUUAUAAAGUUUGGUGAGUACAAAAAAUAUUAAAUGAAUAGAACAUUUCCUAUUCAAGUGAUUGAAGCGCUGAAGAACUAAAGAAUAAAUCAAUCAAAACAAAUAAUGCGCGCGCAUUUUGCUGUCCUCGUCAUAUCGUCGGCAAAACAGAUUUUGCAGUGACGACAGCGCUAUGUGACUUCCGAGACGAUUUUAAAACGAUAAAAUAAAAAUACACAUAGAAUUUCAGUGUAAUACGAACAAAACCAAAAUGGAUUCUGACUUUAAAAAAAGACAAGUAAGCUUCGACCAGUUGAAUGCCCUGUUAGAUUUUCUCAAAGAACACAAUGAAUUGGCGAAAGGCCUUACCAGAGGAAGAAGAGGCAAAUUACAGACUCUUAAAAUAUGGAACCUGUGCGCCAAGAAACUUAAUGUCUUUAAAGAUGGAGCGAUAAAGGAUGGAAAAGGAUGGUCUAAGUAUUGGUGUGACUGGAAAUACAGGGUUCGGAGACGAGCAUUGGAGCUGAGAGCAGCUAAGGACAGCCAUGGAUCACCACCUGAUGGUGUGACGCAGCUGUCUGCCAUGGAAGAGACCAUACUUAGUAUUAUAGGAGAUGGUGCAGUAGACGGGAUCAUUAUUAAACAUGAUCCACUUGCUGAUGGGGCUACAGAAGAAGAGGAGGCAGAUAGUUAUCACAAUGAAGAGCCGGCUGCAAAUCAGUAUUGUGAAACACGUCUUCGGUCUCGUCGUGGUCGGAAACGUAAACAUUCAUAUAAGGACACGUCAGACAUGGAGGAAUGCAGUGAGAGCAGCCCAAUCGACAGGAAGCCCAGAGUCGGCCGGCAGAAGAAUGGACACAUUGACGAGACGGAAAAUGAUAACGAGGCUACAGAAUUUCUCCGUUUAGAGAGAGAAAAACUGGAAAACUCCAAGAGGCUGACCGACUCUAUACAAACUAUAGCGAGUGAAAUAACGAGGCUAGCAGAUGUGAUGAGCCACAUCAGAGAUGUUUUAAUUAAUAAUAGAAUAAAUAUUUAAAAUGAACAGAA